AGGAUGGAACUGAAAUACGGAUACACGUUGACAAAGGAGUUGGAAUAAGACUGAGUCCUGCUCUGUGAUAUUUAUGUACCUGGACCAUGAAUUUGCUGUUUGACUUCAUGCUUUAGGAACCUUUGUAGUACCUGUGUGAAGCUGUUGGGAACCAUGGCAUUCUCUCCAUGGAAGCUGUCCUCUCAGAAACUCGGCUUUUUUCUGGUGACUUUUGGUUUUAUUUGGGGAAUGAUGCUUCUGCAUUUUACUAUUCAGCAGCAAACACAACAUGAAAGCAGUUCAGUCCUGCGGGAGCAAAUUUUGGAUCUCAGCAAAAGAUACAUCAAAGCAUUAGCUGAAGAAAAUAAAAAUGUGGUUGAUGGGCCUUACGUCGGGACAGUGACAGCAUACGAUUUGAAGAAGACACUUGCUGUCCUGUUGGAUAAUAUCUUGCAGCGCAUUGGGAAGCUGGAGUCCAAGGUGGAAAAUCUUGUGCUUAAUGGAACAGGAGCAAACUCUACCAACAAUACUACCACUUCUGCUCCCAGCUUAGGAGCAGUUGAAAAGCUUAAUGUAGCAGAUCUCAUAAAUGGAGCCCAAGAACAGUGUGAAUUGCCUCCUAUGGAUGGUUUUCCUCACUGUGAAGGGAAAAUAAAGUGGAUGAAAGAUAUGUGGAGAUCAGAUCCCUGUUAUGCAAGCUAUGGUGUAGAUGGGUCCACAUGCUCCUUUUUUAUUUACCUCAGUGAG